AUGAAUGUGGCAGUAGUGAGAGAGACCCAGCACAUGCUCAGCAAAUUAAUAAAGAAAACUCCUCUCCCUCAGAAACUGCUGAACAGACCCCCGUUUCGAUUCCUCCAUGACAUCUUCACUGAGGUCAUCAGGACCACUGGUUUUAUGAAAGGCCUGUAUGAAGAAAAGGAAAUGAGUUCAGAGAACAUUAUGGAAAGGCAAUCCAAGAUAGCCUUCCUCCAGAAAGCCAUAGAUGUUGUGAUGCUGGUGAGUGGUGAGGCCCUGCUCGCAAAGCCAGCAGAGAUUGUAGCUGGUCAUCAGCCUGUGAAAACCAAUGAGCUGCUCCAGGCCAUCGCUAAGUGUUGCCUCAACAAGAUGCCAAGUAAUGAUGCAGUGAGGAAAGUACUUGGUGGAAAAAAGGUGGACAUGAGGACAAAAGCCAGCACAUCCAGGUCCCAGCCAAAACAGAGGGCUGGGGCAAAACAGCCCAACCUGUAUCAGCUUCUGAAAAUCCAGGUAGAAAACCCCGGCUUUCAUCUGCUGAAGGGCUGA